AUGUUCAUUGAACUGUGCGUGUUUCUCACAUCGGCGUUUACCCUAUAUGUCUUAUACAAUCAUACUCGGUUGAAGAAUUUCUUUAACGAGAAUGGGGUGAAGUACAAACCAUUUUAUCCAAUACUCGGCAAUACUUUACAGAGUACAAUUAAACAGAAGCACUUGGUAGAAGAAAUAGAUGAAGUUUAUAGAGCGUUUCCGAACGAGAAAUACGUCGCCUUCGUGGAAGGUGCGAUACCACAUUUACUAAUACGUGAUCCUGAUCUCAUAAAGGCAAUAACUGUGAAGGAUUUCGAUCACUUUGUCGAUCAUAAGGGGUUCUUUCCGGUCGACAUUGAACCCUUGUUUGGAAAUAGUGUCUUUAUGAUGAAAGGUGAAAGAUGGCAUGAUAUGAGAUCAACGCUAAGCCCAGCUUUUACCAGUUCCAAGAUGAAACUUAUGAUGCCAUUAAUGUUGGAAAUUAGUAACAACAUUGUAGAAUAUAUUAAAGAUCAUGUGGAAAAGGAGAUCGAUAUAGAUGACGUGAUCCGAAGAUAUACCAAUGACGUCAUAGCUUCGACAGCCUUUGGCCUUCAAGUGAAUUCUUUUAAAGAUAGAAACAACGAGUUCUAUAAAGCUGGACAAGAGUUUUCAAAAGUUCCGUUCCAUAAGAGAGUAUUAUUUAUGAUUGCUAUGCUUUGGCCGGCAGUACUGAAGAUAUUCCAAAUUUCUUUAUUUCCGAAAAAAACAGCAACUUUCUUAUCUAAUAUUAUAUUUAGUACCAUGGCAUACAGAGAGAAAAGUGGUAUCAAGAGACCCGACAUGAUUCAGCUACUAAUGGAGGCAUCAAAAGGUUUUCUGAAGAUGGAGAAGAGUGAAGAUGAUGAUACCAGUAUGGCUCCAAUUGUUCGGGAUCAUCGAUCUACCACGAAGUGGACACCAGAUGAAUUAGCCAGCCAAGUAUUUAUUUUCUUCAUCGCUGGAUUCGAAAGUUCCGCAUCGACCUUAGUAUUGUGUCUACAUGAGUUAGCCUUGAACUAUGAAGUUCAAGAUAAGUUAUACCAGGAGAUCAAAAACUACAAGGAAAAGAAUGGCAAAUUAGUGUUCGAAAAAAUAAACGAGUUGAACUAUUUGGACUGUGUACUCAAUGAGGCACUCAGAAAAUGGUCAGUGGCGAUAGCACUAGAUAGAAUGUGCACAAAAACUUAUGAAUUACCACCACCCAGAGAAGGAGGAAAACCAUAUUCGAUCCAACCUGGUGAUCUUCUGCUCUGUACAGUCAACUCCCUACACAUGGACCCACAGUACUUCCCGGACCCUAAAGCCUUCAACCCCGACAGGUUUUUAGAUGAAAAUAAAUACAAAAUCAAACCAUUCACCUUUUUACCCUUUGGUGUUGGUCCAAGAAAUUGUAUUGGUAUACGCUUUGCUAUGAUGGAACUGAAAGUCGUACUUUUCCACUUAGUUGCGAAUUUCGUGAUACAGAAAUGUGUAAAAACAAAGAAUCCUGCAGAGCUAGCACCUCUAGAUAUUAUUAUCUCCGCAAAGGGUGGAAGCUGGGCUAAAUUUGUACCUAGAAGUUAAUAAAGAUUAUAUCUACUGCAA